AUGAUUGUUGGGGAGUUAAUCGGGUCAGAGAGAGAAGAGGAGGAAAGAAGAGGAGUGAAGAAGAGGGAAGAAGAGGAGAGGGAAGAAGAGGAGGGAAGAAGAAGAGGGAAGAAGAGGAGGAAAGAAGAGGAGGGAAGAAGAGGAGGGAAGGAGAGGAGGGAAGAAGAGGAGGGAAGAAGAGGAGGAGAGAAGAGGAAAGAGGAGGAGAGAAGAAGAGGGAAGAAGAGGAGGGAAGAAGAGGAGGGAAGAGGAGGAGGGAGGAAGAGGAGGGAAGAAGAGGAGGAGAGAAGAGGAGGGAAGAAGAGGAGGGAGGAAGAGGAGGGAAGAAGAGGAGGUAAGAAGAAGAGGAGGGAAGAAGAUGAUGGAGAAGAGGAGGAGAGAAGAGGAGGGAAGAAGAUGAGGGAAGAAGAGGAGGAGAGAAGAGGAGGGAGGAAGAGGAGGAGAGAAGAGGAGGGAAGAAGAGGAGGGAAGGAGCGGAGGGAAGAAGAGGAGGAGAGAAGAGGAGGGAGGAAGAGGAGGGGAGAAGAGGAGGAAAGAAGAAGAGGAGAGAAGAGGAGGAAAGAAGAAGAGGAGGGAAGAAGAAGAGGGAAGAAGAUGAGGGAAGAAGAGGAGGAGAGAAGAGGAGGGAGCAAGAGGAGGAAGCAAUGAAGGAACCGAGAAGAAGAAAGGAGCCGCGAAGAAGAGAAGAGGAAUAAAGAGGAAGAGAGAGAGAGAGAGAGAGAGAGAGAGAGAGAGAGAGAGAAGAGGAGAGAGAGAGAGAGAGAGAGAGAGAGAGAGAGAGAGAGAGAGAGAGAGAGAGAGAGAAAGAAGAAGAAGAAGAAGAAGAAGAAGAAGAAGAAGAAGAAGAAGAAGAAGAAGAAGAAGAAGAAGAAGAAGAAGAAGAAGAAGAAGAAGAAGGAGAAGGAGAAGGAGAAGGAGGAGAAGAAGAAGAAGAAGAAGAAGAAGAAGAAGAAGAAGAAGAAGAAGAAGAAGAAGAAGAAGAAGAAGAACGGGAAAUAUGGAUUGCAGGAGAAGGGGGGAAGGAGCCAAAUCUCCAAACUGUGUCUGUGUCUUCUGGGCCUGAUAAUAGUUCAAUGCGGAGUGGAUCAACUCCAGAACCAGUCCAACUCCAGCAGAUGCCACCAGAUGCUUGGUGGUCCGGGCUGGUCCAACCAGGAGAACAUCUCAGGGCAGAUGGAGAACAAGCUGAAACAUCUCAGGAGCAGCGUGAGGACGUUCUGUGGGUUCGACAUCGCAGCCGGGAAAGAAACAAAGAAAAGUGAAGCUCUGUGA